UUUCGCCAUGGUAACGGUAUGUUGAUAAAUAUCUUUCAAAGGAAAAUGAGACUGAAACGACUCCACAUACGGUAUUAUCCGCCAGGUAUAAUCCUCGACUACGAAAAAGGAGGGCAGCAGAGGACGAAAUCCAUUGACUUUCUGGACUUGACCCCAGACACUGACGUGAACGAUCUGCUAGCAGAUAUCAGAAGAGUGGAACCCCUGAUCACAGCAUCGCGUACGGACCAGGUGAAAGCGCUGAUCAAAAGACUACAGGACAAACUCAGCCAGCGGGAUGAGCGCAAGUUCUACCUGUUCAAGGCGCUUCAGGCUCAUAUUCUGCCUCUGACGAAUGUUGCCUUCAAUAAAUCAGGGUCAAGUUUCAUAACUGGGAGCUAUGACAGGACAUGCAAAAUAUGGGACACAGCAUCGGGUGAGGAACUGCAUACGCUGGAGGGCCACAGGAAUGUUGUGUACGCCAUUGCAUUCAACAACCCCUAUGGGGAUAAGAUAGCCACUGGCUCCUUUGAUAAGACCUGCAGGUUAUGGAGCACUGAAACAGGGAAGUGCUUCUAUAUAUUCCGAGGACACACAGCAGAAAUUGUGUGCCUUGCUUUUAAUCCUCAAAGUACCCUUGUUGCCACGGGUAGCAUGGACACCACUGCUAAAUUAUGGAAUGUGGAGAGUGGUGAGGAAGUUUCAACCCUAGCUGGUCACUCUGCUGAGAUAAUCUCUCUCUGCUUCAACACAGUAGGAAAUCGGUUGGUUACGGGUUCUUUUGACCACACAGUCAUCCUAUGGGAUGUGCCUUCAGGCAGGCGGGAGCAUACACUCAUAGGGCACAGGGGAGAGAUCAGCAGUGUGCAGUUCAACUGGGACUGUUCCCUCAUCGUCACAGCCUCUAUGGACAAGAACUGCAAGGUGUGGGAUGCUGAGAGUGGUCAAUGUUUGUCAACUCUAACUGGGCAUGAUGAUGAGGUGUUAGAUGUUUGCUUUAACUACACUGGUCAGCUUAUCGCCACAGCCUCAGCAGAUGGUACAUCGAGGGUGUUUAACGCAGACACAUACCAGUGUGUGUGUAAAUUGGAAGGCCAUGAAGGAGAAAUUUCUAAGGUGUGCUUUAACCCCCAGGGGACACGUGUGUUAACAGCGAGUGCUGACAAGACGGCACGCGUGUGGUGUGUGAGAUCCAGCUCCUGCCUACAGGUGCUGGAGGGACACACCGACGAGAUCUUCUCCUGUGCUUUCAAUUAUGAAGGAGACACCAUCAUUACAGGCAGUAAGGAUAACACCUGUCGGAUCUGGCGCUAAGCUACUCAGCAUGGAAGUGUUUGGCAUUCUGCUGGAGCUGGAAACAUUUAGAGGAAAAUCUUAGUGUUAAAACAUACAGACACAUACACAUAACCCUGGUCUUCAUGGUGUGGAUGGAACAGAUGUCGUGCAGUAUUGCAUCCUGAUCAGUGUGUCAAGGUUAUCUAGGGGUACUGCACUAGCUUAGCCUUCCUUGUUGGGAACCUGCUUUCUCAUCUGCAGCUGUAUGCAAGCAGGGUCAUUGAGCAUAUUCCAUUAGCAAAUUUAGAACUGCUCCUGCUAGACUCUCUCUGUACACUCUGUCCUUCACAUGGUAAAUGAGUCCAUGGAUUUGGUACCUUAUAUGUGCAUCCUUAAGUUUAUAGAUAUACUUUGUAAUAUGUUAUAAAAAAAAUUUAUAUAUAUAUAUAUAUAAAGAUCAUAACAUAUAUAUAUAAUUCAACAAAGCUCUCUGUAGAAAAACGUGUAGGUAUUGUGCAGUUUAACACAACAAAAAUACUGACAUCAAAUAGAAAUUGUAUAAGGUUGUGUAUAGCAGUUUAUGAAACUACUUGUGGAACAUGGCUGCGUUUCACAAACUACCUUCACACUGAAUCAAGUCUUCAUUCUAGAGACCAUAAAUAUUUUAAAUAAUUGAAUAUCAGAUAUUUUCUAUAUUAGUGAGCUUUCACCAUGCUGUAUGUCUGACAGGUUAUUCAAUAUGUCUACAUAUAUCUGUUUAAGAAUUAGAGAAUACUCUUAGCACUCAUUCAGUCUAUGGUCUGUAAAAUAUAUCCAUUCACUCCCUAAAUAAAGACUAACACUGAAUUCA